CCGCCCCCUACAUCUCCAUGGCAACAGGCUCUGCACAUGCGCCUCGGGCACCGGCGCCGGGGCUGGCGGCGCGCUCCGAAGCCGGACGCAGGCCGGGCGGAAGCAGGCCAAGCCCGCUGGGCCUCGGGAGCGCCGGGCAGGCCUUUAGAGGGAUUUGUCUCUCUCGAGCCCGCGGGGCCGGCGGGGACUCCUCUGACUGUGAAGCCAUGGCCAGACCUCCUGCGCACGGUUCGGUGAUUGUCCCAGACUGGCACGAGACUGCGGAGGGCAAGGAGUACUUGGCCUGCAUUCUACGCAAGAACCGUCGGCGGGUGUUUGGGCUGCUCGAGCGUCCUGUGCUGCCCCCACCUGUGGCCAUUGACACUGCCAGCUACAAGAUUUUUGUGUCCGGAAAGAGUGGUGUGGGCAAGACAGCACUGGUGGCCAAGUUGGCCGGCCUGGAGGUGCCUGUGGUUCACCAUGAGACCACCGGCAUCCAGACCACGGUGGUAUUUUGGCCGGCCAAGCUGCAGGCCAGUGAACGUGUUGUCAUGUUCCGCUUUGAGUUCUGGGACUGUGGGGAGUCUGCGCUCAAAAAGUUCGAUCACAUGUUGCCGGCUUGCAGAAACACGGAUGCCUUCCUCUUCCUCUUCUCCUUCACGGACCGUGCCUCUUUUGAAGACCUGCCUGGACAGCUGGCCCGCAUAGCAGGUGAGGCACCUGGUGUUGUCAGGAUGGUCAUUGGCUCCAAAUUUGACCAGUACAUGCACACAGACGUGCCUGAGAGAGACCUCAAAGCCUUCCGGCAGGCCUGGGAUCUGCCCCUACUGCGGGUGAAGAGUGUGCCAGGGCGGCGGCUGGCUGAUGGGCGCACACUGGAUGGGAGGGCUGGGCUGGCCGACGUUGCCCAUGUACUCAAUGGCCUUGCUGAGCAGCUAUGGCACCAGGACCAGGUGACAGCCGGCCUGCUUCCCAACCCCUCAGAGAAUGCCCCUGCCUAAGGGGUGAUGGUAUCAUGAACAGGCACCUGUGAUCCCCACCCUUAGUCCUCAGGUGACCCAGGACAGAGGGCAGGACCUAGGGUCUAAGGUUGAGGCAGGAAUGCUGACCCCACCCUGAGGGCCUGCGAGGAGGUCCCCACCCCACAGGACUUUUCCUUGCAGAAAACAUGGCAGAGGGGGCGGGGCACAAGACUCCAGAGCAAGGCCCCAGGGCUCUAGCACCUCUGACCUCCCACUGCCCUUCCUCUUCUGUGGUGCCCAGGAUCAUGGGAGUUGGGGGGAUCAGUAGGUCCCUGGACUUCACUUGACUUCAACCAGAAGCCUCACUGGAUGAGGCAACAUUAGCUGCUGUAACAGAUAAAGCUGUGAAAUCUCAA